AUGGCAAAGGUAGUCUUAAUCACUGGCUGUUCGACUGGAAUCGGUCUUAAGUUAGCGCUUAGACUAGCUCAAAGUCAGAAUCCAACUUAUAAAGUCUAUGCAACGAUGAGAAAUCUAGAAAAGCAAAAGCAAUUGGUUCAAGAGGCUGGAAGCGCUUUAAAUAAAACGCUGCUAAUUCGUAAGCUAGAUGUAGGAAAAAGUGAUCAAGUGCAAAGUGUGGUAGAAGAAGCCGUGCAAAACGAGGGCAAAAUUGAUAUUUUAGUUAAUAACGCCGGUUUUGGAUAUGUUUGUGCUUUCGAAAGUAUGCCUAUGGAUAUCGCUCAACAAAUGAUGGAUACUAAUUUUUUCGGCUGCAUGCGUUGCAUGCAAGCUUGUAUUCCACAUAUGAAAAAACAAAACUGUGGGCAUAUUAUUAAUCUUAGCAGUCUAAGUGGCAUCUACGGUACACCAUUUCAUGGUUUAUAUGCAUCAACUAAGUUUGCAAUGGAAGGUUUAAGUGAAUCUUUAGCACCGGAAUUAAGUUAUUUUGGUAUUUCCAUUAGUUUAAUUGAACCAGGCCCGGUUGCUACUACCUUUGUUGAUACAUGGAUAGAUCGUAGAAAAGAUUCCAAAGAGAACAAACAGUUAGGCCAACAAACUCAAAAAUUGACUGAUGGUAUCAUCGAUUUUAUGACUAAGCGGCCACCUGAUGUAGUGGAGAAUGUCGAUCAUGUGGUUGAUGUCAUUAUGAAAUGCAUCAAUGAUAAACCUCCCUCACUUAGGUAUCCAACAACAGAAGUGGUAUUAAAGGCUGCUAAACGUAAAUUUAUUGAUCCAACUGGUGACUCCGUAACUGAUUUCACGACUAGUUUUUAUCCCAUUUUUAAAAAGGACUAA